GUUUUGGGCCAAUAAACAUCUUUAAGUAUCGAUAUAAAAACAAUAUUACUAUCGGUAUAUCGAUAAGAGCAGAUAAAGGAAAAACAAACUUCUGUGCUAAAGUCAAGGCACAUUAAACGUGCCUUGGUUAAAGUACACAGUUUAUUAAUAAGUUCGUCUCGUUUCGCAAAUUUAUUUAAUAUUAAAAAAUAAUAAUGUUGGUUGGAAAGUGUUUGCAAUACAUUCCUUUUCAAAUCAUACAACGCAAUAUAACAUUAUUUACAGCAAACCAUAUACGAGUACAUAACCAUAAUAAUGAGGAAGGUAAGAAUGUUGACGAAUUGCUGCGACCGGAUAUUCUGUUAUCAGAGGAAAACAAGCUACGUUCAAUACAAUGUAUGGAAAACUCGACACCAGUUGGAUUAAGGUCGUCUAAGACAACUCGCGAAAAAACAUUCGCUGCCGUCCUCAUUUGCCUCUGCACAAAUGAAAGGAAAGAGAUCUCAAUACUUUAUACCCGCCGUUCGGGUCGACUCUCUAGGCAUGUUCGACAAAUAUCUUUUCCUGGUGGCAUAAAGGAUCCUGAAGAUGUGGAUUUCAUAGAUUGUGCGUUGCGCGAAACUGAAGAGGAGAUCGGUUUACCACGCAGACGCAUAAAUGUCUGGGGAACAGGCAACCUUAUAUCACCGCCAAAUACUGCCGCUAUAAUGCCCGUCGUGGGCACUGUAGAAAAUUUUAAUUUAAAAGAAUUAAAACUCAAUGAAGACGAAGUAGAGGAAGCAUUGGCAAUACCUAUAAAAGAAUUGGUACAUCCAAAAACUAUAAAACACACUCAAUUUAAAUCAGGUUGGAGUACCCCAAAUUUCGUAGUCGGCCAGAAUAAAGUUUGGGGCAUUACAGGCUUCAUAACAAAUACUUUUCUUCAAUGCCUUAUUCCGACAGAUCUAAAGAGACUUAAACAUCAUGUCAAAUACAUUCGUCCCUUUAAGAUAAAACAUUGACGAAAAAUCUAAAAAAAAAAAAUUGUAAAUACGGCUUUAUGCAUUGUAAGAAACCUGUUAUUCUAAGAGAUAAAUUAAUGUUGUCAGGUUUUGUAAGAAAAUAAACCAAAUCAAUAAUCAGGUAAAUAUAUGUAAGUGCAUACCUUUCUUCAGCUACACACUGAACACCUGAAUACCGAAGAGCUAACUUGGUGUGGAGUUCUACUAAAAAAUGGUUCAUCAGAUUGGGGCGAAAUUAUUGUAUAUCGUUUUUUUAGUUGUGACAUAAGUUAAGCUUCAUUUUUGUAUGUACCUACAUACAUAUAUCUAAACAAUUUCAUGAACGGUGGGCAAAAAUCUAUGCCCCUCAAUGGGCUUGCGAUUUUGAUCCAAACGGUAAUUUCGUGUUGUUGAAAGGCCAUUUCCGCCAAACCUUAAGUCUAGCCUAUGACUCCACUCAAAAUAAAAACAUACAAAUGCAUUUUUGUGGUAUCAAAUAUGUACGAAAUUUUAUUUGUUUUAUUUGAUGAAUAUAUAAUCUGUAUAUACAAAACAAUUGUAUCCUAUUUUUAAGUAGGUUCGCAUAGCUAUAGAUAUAAAAUAAUACGGAGAAUAUUUCACAUUUCCUAAUGGAUUUCAUUUUAAUUUUUGACUUCUUAUUUCAAUUGUAAACGGUUGUAAACGGUGUAACGUAUUGCGUUUAAUAAUUUAAUGUACUUGAUUUUGAUGUAAUGGCAUACUUGCUUCAUUAUAAUUUGAACUUUUUAAGUCCUCGUCAAUCUUGGAUUCUUUGUUAAAUACUUAUCGUAAACAUUAAAAAGUAUUUCUAAU